UCGCGCCGCGCCGUCGGGGCCGUGGGCGCCUGCGCGGGAGCUGGCAGCAUGGCGUUCCGGCAGGCGCUGCAGCUGGCGGCCUGCGGGCUGGCGGGAGGCUCGGCCGCCGUGCUCUUCUCGGCCGUGGCGGUAGGGAAGCCGCGUGCGGGCGGGGACGCGGAGCCACGUCCGGCUGAGCCGCCGGCCUGGGCGGGGGGCGCGCGGCCGAGCCCCGGCGUCUGGGACCCCAACUGGGACAGGCGAGAACCACUGUCUCUGAUCAACCUGCGGAAGAGGAACGUGGAAUCUGGGGAAGAAGAGCUGGCGUCCAAGCUGGACCACUACAAAGCGAAGGCCACCCGGCACAUCUUCCUCAUCAGGCACUCCCAGUACCAUGUGGAUGGCUCCCAGGAGAAGGACCGCACUCUGACCCCACUAGGUCGGGAGCAGGCUGAACUCACUGGGCUCCGCCUCGCAAGCCUGGGGUUGAAGUUUAAUAAAAUCGUCCAUUCUUCUAUGACCCGCGCUGUAGAGACCACCGACAUCAUCAGCCGGCACCUGCCAGGGGUCUGCAAAGUCAGCACAGACCUGCUGCGAGAAGGCGCCCCCAUCGAGCCGGACCCGCCUGUGUCGCACUGGAAGCCAGAAGCUGUGCAGUAUUACGAAGACGGAGCCCGGAUCGAGGCCGCCUUCCGGAACUACAUCCACCGGGCAGAUGCCAGGCAGGAGGAGGACAGUUACGAGAUCUUCAUCUGUCACGCCAACGUCAUCCGCUACAUCGUGUGCAGAGCGCUGCAGUUCCCUCCCGAAGGCUGGCUCCGGCUCUCCCUCAACAACGGCAGCAUCACCCACCUAGUCAUCCGACCCAACGGCCGAGUUGCACUCAGGACCCUCGGGGACACAGGGUUCAUGCCCCCUGACAAGAUCACCCGGUCCUGAGGGCGCCCGCCAGGCCCCGGCCUCUCCUUCCCUCUGCCCUCCCUGCACAGGCUGCACCGCAGUCACGUCUUGUUCCUGAGGAGGCCGGCAGAAAGUAGAAACCCACGAUGCUGCACCUGGAGACCGACUUCUGGCCAGGCUGGAAAGGGGAGAGUUCUGAUCAGACAGCCUCACUUCUCUGCAAGGUUUGAUACCUGGCUGUGACCCGCCAGCAUGGCAUGGGGUUUAAGGUGAGAGCCUCUCGUACAGAAGUCAGGCCUGUUCAGGGGACUUGAAGAGGCCUGGCCCAGACCACCAUGUUGGCAGCCACAGCCCACCCUUGCUGAGGGUCCAUGCUCCGCUGGCAAAGCUGGACAGGCACAGGCAACUGAGGCACACGGAUGAGGGCACUGAGGUUCUGUUCACAACUCACUGCACUUCAUACAUCCUCUUAAUUUCUUAAAACCUUCCUGUCACUUAAAUGUUUGUCAAUUAAAGCUUUUCUGGCUGGGCA